AUGUACCGCCUUCUGCUUCUCGUAUUUUUGGGACUUCGAUGCCAAAUCGAAGCAUUCAAUAUAUCGCCACAGCCGAUCAAAACAUUUUUAUAUCCGAACUCAAGCAAAACAGAACAUGGUCGUAGCUCCUACUUUGGAUACUCGCUCGUCAUUCGAGAGAAAAGCAUCAUUGUGGGAGCUCCGCGGGCACAGUCCACCUUGGAGUCGCAAAGGAGCAUCAAUGAGACGGGUGCGAUCUACAAGUGCUCCCUGACAGACGGAGUCUGCAGUCCGUAUGUCCUGGACCCUCGGGGAAACGUGGAUGCGCCCUUCAACGAACACACCUUUGACUCGGAACGCAAGGAUUUCCAGUGGCUGGGAGGAGCCAUGGACGGCGGCACAAGGGAUACGGAUAAGUUGCUGGUGUGCGCCCCGCGAUUCUAUGCGCCAGGUCCCCGUGACUACUUUAUGCAUGGAGUCUGCUACUGGAUCAACAGCACGGUGGCCAGCACUCCGGAGCACGUGACCCGCAUCUCUCCACUCCGCCUGAAAACGGAACAAGUGAAGGAGGAGAACGGCGUCUCUAGCUAUUACUACAUUAUGGGCGAACUGGGACUCAGUGCCCAUGUGGCGGAUGACAACUCAAAGUUCCUGAUCGGAGCCCCUGGCAUCAAUACGUGGAAGGGAUCGGUGAUUCUCUACCGGCAGGUGGAUCCCGUGGACAAUCCCACUGCCAGCAGGCGUAACACGAGCAGGGCUCUCCGGCAAACGAUUCGCGAUGUGGACAUCAGGGAGCACUAUGCACCGGAGAUACCCCACCCAAUGAACUGGGGCCAGGAGGAUGACUCGUACUUUGGCUAUGCGGUGGGCUCCGGUUACUUUGACAGCUCCAACCCGAAAACCCUGCUCUACGUGGCCACCGCUCCCCAGGCCAACAAGCAAUCCGGCGAGGCCUACAUCUUCGAUGUCCGCGGUAAGAGCAUGCACAAGUACCACGUCUUCCGUGGCGAGCAGUUUGGCGAAUACUUCGGUUACUCCGUCUUGGCGGAGGAUCUCAAUGGAGACGGCAAGACGGACGUCAUCAUAUCAGCGCCCCUGCACGCUCUCGAGGAUUCCCACGACAAUGGGGCAAUCUACGUGUUCAUCAACAAAGGCUUUUUCAACUUUGAGAGACAGAUUAUAAGUUCCCCAGUGGAGACCAUGGCUCGGUUCGGAACCACUCUUUCGCGCCUGGGAGACCUUAAUCACGACGGAUACAAUGAUGUGGCAGUUGGAGCUCCCUUUGCCGGAAACGGAUCGGUGUUCAUCUACCUGGGCAGCGAGCGUGGAUUGCGGGAGCAGCCUAGCCAGCGACUGGAUGCUCCUUCCCAGCAACCUUCCAAGUACGGAACCCACAUGUUUGGCCACGGCCUCUCCCGCGGAUCGGACAUAGAUGCUAACGGGUUCAACGACUUUGCCAUCGGAGCCCCCAACGCCGAGGCCCUGUACCUGUAUAAGGCCUAUCCCGUCGUGAAGGUCCAUGCCACAGUGAAGUCGGAGUCGCGGGAGAUCAAGCCGGAGCAGGACAAGGUGAAGAUCACCGCCUGCUACAGACUGAGUACCACCUCCACGGCGAGGGAUGUGCAGCAGCAGGAGCUGGGCAUCCGAAUCGCCAUCGACACCCAGCUGAAGCGGUUCAAGUUCGUCCAGACGCAGACCAAUGAGAUGAGCUUCAAGGCGGACGCGGGUCUCGGCGAGCAGUGCCGGGUCUUCGAGGCCCAGGUGCGCUACAGCGAGAAGGACAUAUUCACGCCCAUCGAUCUGGAGAUGCACUACGAACUGACGAAGAAGGUUCCAGAUUCGGAGGAGUUUUGCGAAACGUGUGCGGUUGUCGAUCCACAGGAACCGACGGUCUCCACGCAGAAGAUUGUCUUCAGCACGGGCUGUGCCACCGAUGUUUGUAUUGCAGAUCUGCAGUUGAGGAGCAAGAAUGUUAGCCCCACGUACAUUUUGGGCAGUACCGAUACACUGAGCAUCAAAUACGAGAUCACCAACAACGGCGAGAACGCAUACCUUCCACAAUUCAACGUGACGAGCACAUCCCGCCUGGCCUUCGCCCAGGUUCCUGGAAACUGCAGGGUCACCGAGGCAGUCAUGGUGUGCGACCUGAACCGCGGACGACCUUUGGCCAAGGGUGACAGCGAUUCCGUCACCGUCAACUUCGAUGUGAGCCAACUCAGCGGACAGUCGCUGAUCAUCUACGCAGAAGUGUUCAGCACGGGGUACGAGAAGAAUCCCACGGACAACAGGCAGACGAACGUGAUCGGUCUGAAGGAGAUCACCGAAAUCGAUGCCAGCGGCGGGCAGACAAAUAAGCAAAUUGUUCUUAAAGGGGACGCUUACCCCUCGGAAAUCAUCAACCAAUACGAGAUCAAAAGCCGCGGCCCCAGCACCAUCGAAGAGUUAUCUGUGUCCCUUUAUAUUCCCGUAGCCUAUAAGACGGCUGAAUCUAUAAAAGUAAAGCCCAUCAUUGACAUAGCCAGUCUGAAGAUGCAGGCCACGUACGAUUCCCAGACGCCCCCCAUAGAACUCUAUGAUCAAAACAAUACCAUCUUAUUCGAUACCCGAAUGCGUAGGGAUGCGGAACGCCUGAACGGCAACCAAGAGACCACUGCUAGCAUAUACGAUGUCCAGAGGAACGAGGAGGAGAGUCUGCCGAUGAGUAACACCAUUGUGUUUAACUGCCAGGAUACCCACACGACGAUAUGCGUAAGGGCCGAAAUGCGCCUCAAAUUUUGGCCACACAAACCAAUUAACCUCAGCAUAAGCUUCAACCUGGAUCUGAACGAGAUGGAGGAUGACUGGGAGUACUUAGUCAUAAAGACCGAUCUGAGACUGCUGAAGAAGGGCGAUCCCAUAUCCAGUUCGCUCAAGAUUAACAAGAAGAUCAAAUCGAAUGUGAUAUCCAAGCAAGCUGAAUUAUCCAUUUGGAAAAUCAUUUUGUCCGUGAUCGGGGGCGUUUUGCUGCUCUCUGCAAUAACAUAUACUCUUCACAAGUUCGGAUUCUUCAAGCGCGACAAGAAGGAAGAACUAAAGAAACUAGUUCAACAGAGUGUUGAGGCGCUUGCGGCGCCUGAAGCAAAGGAAUUAAUGGAGGAUAACAUGGACCAGUUUAUAGAAGAAAUUCCUAUAUAAGAGUUUAAAAAAAAA